UAACCCAAGCAUCAAACAAACACCUUGAUACAAUUACCAUGAUGAAACCAAUUCUCAGCACUCAUCUAUACUUUUCCUUGUUUCUGCACAUGAUCGUUGUCACCAUAUUCGUUGCCGGCGAUUCUCCACCUAUCUACAAUGCAGUCGAAGAUAUCACCGUCAAUUGUGGCUAUUCCGGCCACAUACUCAAUGCAUAUGAUCAGCGAAAUUGGACUGGAGAUAUCAACUCAAAAUUUUCACCCUCUGAACACCAAGCAAUUGGCAACACAUCCAUAUGCAAAAAAGCACCUCAUUCGUACACCGUCCCACAAGUGCCUUACACCACAGCGAGGCUUUCUCACUCUGAAUUUACCUACAGAUUUUUUAACCUCACCCCCGGCCAAAAGUUCGUCCGUCUGUAUUUCUGCCCAGCUUCAUACCCUGACUUCGAUCCCUCCAAAGCCCUCUUCUCUGUCAAAGCCGGUGGUUUUACCCUUCUCCACGACUUCAAUGCGUCAGUCACUGCUGCUGCUUCUGGGGAGGAGACGGUAUACAGAGAAUUCUGUAUGAACAUUGGGGAGGAAGAAGAAGAAGAGAGCUUGAACAUCACGUUCAGUCCAAGCAGAGCAAUCCCAGAUGCGUAUGCGUUUAUCAACGGAAUUGAAAUUGUGUCCAUGCCUACCAACCUUUACUACACUGCACCUGAAGAUACACAUGGGAUUCAACUCGUAGGCAGUGAAAACAACCUCUUUCGCAUUGAAAACAGCACUAUUCUGGAGACGGUUUACCGAAUCAACGUGGGCGGAAGCGCAGUCUCUUUCGACCAUUACACUGGCAUGUACCGCAAUUGGGACAGUGUAGUAGACGAGCAAAGGUACUUGGAUGAGUUAAGUCUUGAGCAUAGUGUUUUGCCACAAAAUUCUAGUAUUCAACUCCAUUUUACCACAAAACCACAGUACUCUGCUCCAAAAGAAGUUUACCAAACCGCUCGAGCAAUGGGCAGAAACACAACCAUAAACAAGAGCUACAAACUUACAUGGCAAUUUCCUGUUGAUUUCAAUUUUCGUUACCUAGUUAGGCUUCAUUUUUGUGAGUUUGAGGGUGAAAUUUCGCAGAUGGGAGAUCAAGUGUUUCUAAUUUACAUGAAUAAUCUAGUGGCUGAACAAAGAGCGGACAUAAUCAUGUGGGCUCAUGGGAAAGGGAUUCCAACAUACAGAGACUACUUGGUGUUCAUGCAGCGUACAGGCUCCGCUGGAAGCAAGAAGAAAGUGAAUCUCACCAUUGCACUGCAGGCAGACCCAAAUUUGCGUACUAAAGUCAGCGAUGCAAUGUUGAAUGGUCUGGAAAUCUUCAAACUCAACAACUCAGACGGGAAUCUCGCGGGACCCAACCCCGAUCCACCUCCUAUGGACCCAGCAAAUAAGACGUCGUUGGCAGGCCCAGAAAAACCUAAGUCAAGGAGUACUCCUUUGCUUGCCAUUGUUGCUGGCGUAGUUUCCACCACAAUCGCACUGCUCUCUGUUCUAGGGUUAUUCUUAGGUUUCAGGCGACGACAGAAACUGAAUGACAAUGAUCUCUCCACUCGCAAAGCGACCAACUCAACCAAGAGCCGGCGCUCAUCCUUACCGUCCGAUUUGUGUCACUACUUUUCCUUGUCGGAGAUUAAAGCCGCCACCCGAAACUUCAGCGAAAUUUGUAUUAUUGGGCGUGGCGGGUUUGGUAACGUGUAUAAAGGAUACCUUGACGAUGGGGCCACCCCCGUUGCGAUAAAACGGCUGAAACCCGAGUCAUCACAGGGGGCCCACGAAUUCCAGACGGAGAUCCAAAUGCUUUCACAACUUCGCCACCAGCAUUUGGUGUCUCUCGUAGGAUACUGUACAGACGAUGGUGAGAUGAUCUUGGUCUAUGAUUACAUGGCACGUGGGACCCUUUGUGACCACCUCUACCACACAGAUAAUCCAUCUCUGUCUUGGGAUCAACGGCUCCAAAUUUGUAUCGGUGCAGCUCGAGGGUUGCACUAUCUUCACACGGGUGCUCACUACACUAUCAUCCAUCGUGAUGUAAAGAGCACCAACAUCUUGUUGGAUGAGAAAUGGGUGGCUAAAGUCUCGGAUUUUGGGCUUUCAAAAAUGGGAACCAUUACCAUGUCCAAGACCCACAUCAGCACGAUGGUGAAGGGUAGUUUCGGGUAUUUGGACCCAGAAUACUACCGUCGUAACCAGUUGACUGAGAAGUCUGAUGUGUACUCGUUUGGCGUGGUGUUGUGUGAGGUGUUAUGUGCGAGGCCGGCUUUAUUACGAACCGUGGAGAAGAAGCAAAUGAGUUUAGCCGAGUGGGUCAAGAGCUGUCAUCGCAAAGGGACACUUGAUCAAAUCAUUGACCCGAGCCUCAAGGGUAAGAUUGGAAACGCGUGCUUGAAUAAGUUUGUUGAGAUGGCGAUAAGUUGUAUGCAUGAUAAUGGGAUCGAACGGCCGUCGAUGAAUGACGUGGUGUGGGGGCUGGAGUAUGCAAUGCAACUUCAUCAAAGAGAGGAGAGAGAGAAAGAUUUAGACCUUGAAAACAAGGGUGAAGAUGAGGUUGCGUUGAUGAAUGAUAAUCAUUCUACAGGGUUUACUACUAGUCGUAGUUGGGAAGGAGAGACGUUGAACAGCGGGCUGACCAAAACAAGUAGUGAGCAAAACUCUACAACUAACGAAUCAAUUAAAGGGAUGUCCAGGAUAGUGUUUUCUGGGAUCAACGAUUCCGAUGGGAGAUGAUGAUUG